AUGAAGUUUUGGACAUCUGAGCAUGUUUUCGACCAUCCUUGGGAUACUGUAGCACAUGCAGCAUGGUGCAAAUAUCCGAAUCCAAUGAAUUGCGCUGUUAGUGGAAUUGAUGUCGUUAGACAGCAUCCGCUUGUUGAUGGCUCAUUACGAUCUGAACGCAUUAUCCAGAGCCAUUUUCCAAUACCUGCUUGGGUAACAAAGCUGACAGGUUUUUCUGGAACUCAGUACUCUUAUGAAGUGACCGAAAUUAAUCCGGCAAAGAAAGAAAUGACUUUAAUCACGAGAAAUAUGAAUGCGGGACGUUUCCUGCGUGUUGAUGAACGAUUGUUAUAUAAACCUGAUCCUUACAAUGAAGACAGGACGAUAUUGCAACAAGAAGCUUCUGUCAAUGUCGAUUUGCCAGCAUUUGCAGAUUACUGCGAAAAAAUGUUCUUGAAUAUAUAUGAAAUGAAUGCUGAAAAGGGUCGAAAAGGAUUGGAAUGGGUAAUUGAUCAGUUCAACAGUUCAUCUAGGUCAAGUUCAAUUGCCGAAAAGUCAUCAUCACAAGCAUUCUCAGAUCCAGCGCUUGUUCUCAGUUCAUUGCAUCCCGCGGCGCAACAACCAUGUUUUCUUUCGUAG